AACCUGACCUAUGUCUUAACAGUCUGACUUUUUUUGUCAUAUUUCAGGGGUAUAUAUGUAGUAGCUCCCACUGCUUCAACCAUCCCUUUAGCUGCGUCUGUGUGAACGGUGCGUCUGAGUUAACGGUGUGUCAUGAAAGGUUACACGAUCAGUCUGCUCCUGUCUGGCACAGCUCUCCUGCUUGCUGCAUCUGUUGCUGCCAGUUCCAAGUGCCUUGAUUCACAAGUGGAAGGACUUUCAACAGAUGAUGAUUUCCCAACGGUAUUACACGCAUGGUAUGGCAAAAUCUUAAAGUUCGAUGGCUUCUGGGGAGAAGACCAUGACAGUUGUGAUGGAGAAUACUAUCUGAGGACGAAGCGCUCUAUUGACUAUGGCUACGCCUCUAAAAUACUGUCAUCAAGAGGCACCAACGGCGGGGGCUACCAGAGAUUGCAGUUCCGUUAUGAUGUGCCAAAGCCAACCUACCGCAAAUCAUUCCAAGAAGGUAAAUGGCAGCUGGUCAGCAAGCAGAUGAUAAAGAACUACUACAAGAAAGGCACUUACGAGAUGGCCAAAAAGUUCUUCAUCGCUCUGCCCUUCGUCAAGAUCAUUCCCGUGAAGACUACCACGUCUGUCGAUUACGUGGUGCAGCUACAGACCUACGACAGCUACAGGGUGAGACUGUGUGAACACUGCUAUGACGGUCACCCACAGAUCGAGUUCCAGUCCCUGAGCAGACCUCAUCGCAACGUCAUCCGUCGUGUCAACUUCCUUCCCUACACCAAGAGGUCAAGGACGGAGUACGGUAAACCAAAGAUCACCCAGAUAGGUCAACGGCGUGUCGUGAGUCAUGGAACCAGUUAAGGCAUCCAUGAGUUGGAGCGCACUAAUUGAGGUCACUGCAAUUCCCUUGCAGAUAUAGGUUUGACCUCUAGUCAAUAGACCAUGUUUGAUGCGCAAAUAAAAGUGUAUUAGUCA